UAGACAAUAAAAAGUCUAUGUGUAAUGCUGAGUCUAUGGACAAUUAUAAAUCUGUGUACUGUCCUUACGAUCGCUCACAGACUCAACACUAUUAUGGAUUGCAAUCGCGUUUUGGUUUUAGACGCGGGAGAGAUCAUAGAGUUUGACGAACCGUUUGUUUUACUGCAACGAAAAGGACAGUUGUAUGACAUGUGCCGCAAGACUGGGAAACAUAUGUUCAAUCAUUUACUAAAUAUGGCCAAAGAAUCACAUCUUAAGAGAUUUGAUACCUUAGAAGUCGACGACGAAGACAGGGAU